ACAGCAUGCCAUUGACAUUGAAAGUCAAUGGCCCGGGUGGAAAAAGUGCUAUUUUAAAGGGCUUGAAGGAUUCGGCAACGCUGCAGCAGCUUCAAAUAAAAAUCGAGGAGCUCUUGGGGGUCCCAAUGGCUCAGCAGAAGCUCCGGGCGGGAUUCCCCCCCAAAGACAUGACAUUGCAGGAUUUAACAGCUGAAUUGACUUCUUUAGGGAUUCAGACCGGGAGCGCAAUAACAGUCGUCAAAGAAGACACACAGGUUACUUCGGGUGAUAAGGCUCCCAUUCCUGUCACGUUGCCUGGGGCCCAGCAAAUAAUCGACAUGGGGUUUUCUGUUGCCGUAGCAUUGAAAGCUCUAGAGGUAUCCCAUGGGGAAGUUGAAAAUGCUCUGGAUCUAUGCGUGAACGGUAUUAUCACAGAUGAGUCCCUGGAACAUGUUCCGACAGCGCCCCCCGUUCCGGUCACUUCGCACGGUGGGAUGACCACGGCGAACAGAGUAAUGGUUAGGCGUGUAAUAGAUGCAGACAAUAGUUGUCUAUUUAAUGCCGUGGGUUACUGCAUGGAGAAGAAUCGGAGAAUAGGUCCUAAGCUGCGGAAAAUCAUUGCAGAUUGCGUGCGCAACUCGCCCGAUGUGUACACAGAGGCAGUGCUCGGAAAAGCACCCAAACAGUACUCAGAUUGGAUUCAAGACCCUGCUCAAUGGGGCGGCGAAAUAGAGUUGUUCAUCCUCUCGCAAUAUUAUGGCUGCGAAGUUGUAGCAAUUGAGAUUAAAAGUGCACACGCUUAUGUGUAUGGGGAGGGGAAAAACUAUUCACGCCGCAUAUAUUUGCUGUAUGAUGGGGUGCACUACGAUGCUUUGGCCAUGGCGGCGGGAUCUCCCACUGCGCCCGAGUCAUUGGACAUGACUCAGUUUCCUGCAGGGGACGAAAGCAGCAAGCAGGCAGCUCUGGCGGUGGCCGCCGAGUUAAAAGAGGGUCGACAAUUUGUUGAUCUGCUUGGCUGCACCUUGCGGUGUAUGGUGUGCAAUAAGGGCCUAUCAGGGCAGGAGGAAGCACUGCUCCAUGCUCGUGAAACGAAUCAUCAGAAUUUUGGUGAAUACAAGUCGUCAUGAACAUGGACACGUGAUUUGCACUUGUCAUACCACAAAAUAUGAAUGCUGUACAGGAGAGAGCAUCUUUCCAGCAAAAUACCAUGUUUGCAAGUCAUAGAAAAUUAAGAGCAAUAAAUUUAAGUAUGUGAUUGAUAUAUGAA